AUGUCUGCAAUAACCAUCACAUGCAGCAACUAUCAUAUUGCCAGCAAAGAGUUUAACCGUAAGGGCCCACAUCUGAGGAUGGUAAACAGUGUUAUGGCAGCUCUUGUGGGGUAUGGGGCGAGCUGUGUUUCUACCUUCGUUCUGUAUCCCUACCGGGACUACACGAAGAUCUUUCGUGUGAAUCCGUUUACCAGCCUGGACCCAAUUCAAUACGCGCUGGCGCGGUACAAGGGGAUGAUUUUAAAUCCAUCGCAACCUUUGCUUCUUGCAUUGCCAUGGGGUCUUCUCUAUGGUGGGUUUGCGCUCGGAUCUGGUGGGUUGUUGGGGGCGCUCGCCGCUGGAACGUUCCAUGGCAUGGGCAAGGUAGCUGUUCGAACCAUUGCUCGUCGCGUAGGUGGCCCGCGUAGCAGAUACGAUGCAGUGACCUAUAGAUCUCUUAUUCACUGCUUGCAAGAGAGCACCAGGCAAUACGGGAUUCUAUCGUUUUUCUCCGGAGUGUCGGCCACGAUGCUUAUUUCAGCUGUCUGGCACGGUGCCUCGUUGGUGGCACUGCAGCGCUCGAGACACGAUGGUUUUUUUUGGGGCAUGGUGGGACGCGUUUCGUGUGCAUGCUUUUUUAACAUUUGCCACCAAUCCCAUACGCAAUACCUUUCGAUCGGCUUUGCACAAUACAGAACGCGCUGGUGGCGUGCGUAG